GUAGCGUCGCUGUUACUUAAAUCCUCCCGCUGCUCUUCCAUUCAUUCAUCCGCCCCUCCCGCCGCUCCUUCCCCUCAGUCUGUACCGGCUGCUCGUGCUGCACGCUGCCCGCCGCCCUCACCUCCUCUCCGGCUUAGUGCGCUGGGGAGCCCCCGCUGGUCUGACCGCGUCUGUUGGAGCCUCAUCAGGGAGAAGAUGUCCCGCAGCUGGCUGUGCGUCUGGUCCUGCUGCUGGCUGAGCCUGAGUGUUUGGACCCGGGCUCUGGAGCUGCAGCAGCUCUUCCAGUUCGGAGAGGAAGCCGGGGACCAGCAGCUGCCCCCCGGCUCGGACUCCACCGCCGAGCUGCCUCUCAGCGGACCCCUGUUCCUCUUCAGCGACACCGUCGACAAAGUUUAUAUAAACACUAACGGAUUUGUGGCUGCUGCUGAGCCUACAGCUGAGGGGGAGUACCUGGGGAAGAUGCCCUCCAGUUUCAAAAUGAUGGCGGCGCUCCUGGGAGACCUGGACACCAGUGACGGGCAGGGAAAGGUCUACUUCAGGGAGGACAGCAGCCCGGCUGUACUGAGUCGAGCCGCCGAGCACGUCAGGCGAGCUUUCCCCAGAGACGACGGAGUGGAGCCCACCAGCACCUUAAUCGUCACUUGGGUGAACAUGGCCGCCAAGGGGACCUCUGGUCGCGGGGACGGACUGAACACUAAGAGAAACACUUUUCAGCUGGUUGUGGCCUCCAUGGUCUCAUCCUCCUACGCCAUCCUCUUGUACCCCAAAGACAGCCUGAAGUUCCUCUCCACUUCAAUUGGGGGCGAGAGUAAGCUCCUAGAGGCUGGCUUCAAUGAAGGCCUUGUGAAGGGCUGGUGGCGGUACAGCCAGGGGACGUACUUCCGCAGCACCACAGAUGAAGAGACCUCCGUCAGGGAACUUACCGAAAAGACAAACUCAGGACGGAGUGGGGUUUGGGUGUACGAGAUCGGAUCCUCACCUUUCUUUUUCGACAUCACACCAGGAAUGGUUAGUAGCCUUCCCGAUGAAGAGGAUGCCAGCGAAACUCCUGUUACUAUGUUGCCAAGGAAACCUGAUGAGCAACAAGAGGUGGACUUCCCAACCUAUGAAACCCAGACAACGAUGACGACUGAAGCAGUACCAGAAGACAAGGAGGAAUUCCCAACUGAGACUCCCGCUGAGUACAAACCCAGUUUCCCAGAAGCUGAGACCGUCACGCCAGGGUAUGCAGAACCGGAGACUGAAGAGCCAGAAUAUGAAGAUUUGGACCAGGUUGAGCCAGAAUACCCUGAAUCUGAGACUGUCAAACCACUGUACACCAACCCAGAGAGGGUUCCUUCAAGAUACCCUGACCAAACUAAGACAAGAAACCCCCAAAUCUCUGAGACGCAACCAAGAUACACCAUUCCCGAACCCACUGAGCCAAGAUACCCUGACCCUGAUCCAGUCAAGCCACGUUACACCAACCCUGAACCAGUGCAACCAGUGCCACCCCAUUCCCGGCCCCAGCAACCCCAGAUCGUCGUGGUGGAUGAAGAUGAAGAUCUGGAUGUAAAUGUAUUUGCAUACAAUUUGGAGACAUGUGCCCACAACAGGCACAAAUGCUCUGCGUUUGCCGACUGCCGGGAUUACAGCAACGGGUACUGCUGCCACUGUAGGCCUGGUUUCUACGGUAACGGGAAGGACUGUGUUGCAGAAGGUAAACCACAGAGAAUGAAUGGAAAGGUGUCGGGUCGAGUGUUUGUGGGGAACUCGCCUUCGCCUGUGGAGUUCAGUAACAACGACUUGCAUUCAUACGUGGUGGCAAAUGAUGGACGGGCCUACGUGGCGAUCAGCAACAUCCCCAAAAGUCUUGGUCCCUCCCUUCAGCCACUGUCCUCCCUGGGAGGAGUCAUCGGCUGGGCCUUCGCCCUGGAGCAACCCGGCUACCAGAACGGCUUCAGCCUCAUCGGCGGCGUGUUUUCCCGGCAGGCCGAGGUCAUCUUCCAGCCCGGUAACGAGCGGCUGAGCAUCAAGCAGCAGUUUAAGGGGAUUGACGAGCACGACCACCUGGUGGUGAGCACAGAGCUGGAGGGACGUGUGCCCGCCAUCCCGCUGGGAUCCUCCGUCCUGAUCAACCCGUACGAAGAGAUCUACCAGUACGACCGAAACUUGAUCACUUCCUCCUCCAGCCGCGACUACACCAUCACUUCUCCAGACGACGAGGUCCAGACCAGAAACUUCCAGUGGCGUCAGACCGUCACCUUCCAGAGCUGCCAACAUGACGAGGCCACCAGGGCGGCACCGUCCACCCAGAAGCUCAGCGUGGACCAGAUCUUUGUGAUGUUCGACCCUGAAAACAAUCUGAUACGCUACGCUAUGAGCAACAAGAUCGGCUCCAUCCACAGCGGACAUCAAGAGCAGAAUCCCUGUUUCACCGGCCGACACGGCUGUGACAUCAACGCCGUGUGCAGACCCGGUGAAGGCCUCCAGUUCACCUGUGAAUGUGCGACUGGUUUCACUGGAGACGGACGUUACUGCCACGAUAUUGACGAGUGCAGGGAGACUCCUCAGGUGUGUGGAUCCAACGCCGUCUGCAGUAAUCAGCCCGGCACGUUUCACUGCGAGUGUUUGACCGGCUUCGUGUUCGCCAGCGACGGAAAGACCUGCAUCGAGGAGAACCGGCCGGUGGAUCACUGUCGGAGAGGAAGUCAUGACUGUGAUCUUCCAGAGAGAGCCCUCUGCAGCUACAGCGGAGGCUCGGCCUACGUCUGCUCCUGCCUGCCGGGCUUCGCGGGUGACGGCCGGGUGUGUCGGGAUGUAGACGAGUGUCAGCAGGAUCGAUGCCACCGUGACGCCGUCUGCUCCAACACACAGGGGUCCUUCACCUGUCAGUGCCGUCCUGGUUUCCAAGGCGACGGCUUCCAGUGCAGCCCUACGUCCUCAGAGCGUGAGAAGACCCAGUGCGAGCGUGACAGAGAGAGCGCCCAGACACCCUCUACCGGCUCCAUCUUCCUCUCCAUCUUCAGGCAGCGGCCGGCCGUCGGUCAGUACGUCCCGCAGUGCGACGAACACGGAGCCUACGAGCCCACGCAGUGCCACACCAGCAUCCAGCAGUGUUGGUGUGUGGACGCCAGCGGCCAGGAGAUCCCCAACACCCGCACCGGACCCGGCAACACUCCUCUGUGUAUCGAUCAGACAGUGACUCCUCCUCCUCUGGUGGGUCCGACGCCGCGGCCCGACGUUCACCCUGUCGCCCCGGGAACACACCUACUGUUCGCUCAGAGCGGGAAGCUGGAACACGUUCCUCUGGACGGAUACAACAUAAAGAAGGAGGAGGCCAAACCUCUGCUGCACAUCCCAGACCGAGUGGUGAUCGCGGUGACUUACGACUGCGUGGAGAAGAUGGUUUACUGGACCGAUAUCACCGGACCGGCGAUCAGCAAGGCCAGUAUGAGCGGAGGGGACAUCAUCCCGGUCGUCACUAAAGAGCUGCAGAGUCCCGAAGGCAUCGCCGUCGACCACGUGGCGCGCCUCCUCUUCUGGACCGACUCCAUGCGUGACACUGUGGAGGUUUCCAAACUGGACGGCAGCCAGCGUCGUGUCCUGUUCGACACCGACCUGGUCAACCCUCGACCCAUCGUCACCAACCCGGCGUACGGGCGUCUGUACUGGGCAGACUGGAACAGAGACGGGCCUAAAAUUGAGAUGUCCAACAUGGACGGAACGGAUCGAAGCGUCCUGGUAAAAGACGACCUGGGACUUCCCAACGGUCUGACCUUUGACUCCGACAACCAGCAGCUGUGCUGGGCCGACGCAGGUACUCGUAAGGUGGAGUGUAUGGAUCCUCACCGCCGGCUGCGGAGGCAGAUCGUCGAAGGGAUCCACUAUCCCUUCGCUAUCGUCUCCUUCGGAAGGAACCUCUACUACACCGACUGGAGGAGGGAGGCCGUGGUCGCUGUGGACCGUCAGUCAGAGAAAGAGACGGACGAGUUCCUGCCUCAGAAACGCUCCCGGCUGUACGGCAUCACCACGACGCCGACGCAGUGUCCACAAGCUUUUAACUACUGCGCCAACAACGGCGGCUGCUCUCACCUCUGUCUGCCGCGGCUCGGCGGGUUCACCUGCCGCUGCCCGGACGCCGCCGACGGCCGGUGUGAGGAGAGAAACCCGUGAAGACGCCGGCAGAGCGACUGUAACACUGCUGCUGUUGGGAGAUAAAAAAAAACAAACAAAAACAAAACACACUUAACUGAGUUUUGGUGUUUUUCUACUUUUUCUUACUUGAAUUGAAAGUUUCCAGGAUUUUUUUUUUUUUUUUUUUUUGGGCCCUUGAAGGCUGUUCAGACCUCUUUGUAUUUAUGAUGUCACACUUCAGAUGUUUCUGAUGUGUUUGUGAUAUAACUCCUGGUUGAAGACUUUCAGUCCUAAAUGAGAGAAAAGUGACCAAAUCUGACACAAACACAGGGGCAGCAGGUGAAUCUAAAAACACUUUGACUGACAGGAUGAUGAUUAUUAUUUGAAAAGGUACUGAACGAUAAACUUCAGGUUAUGUUUUUAUCGUAUUUUAUAAAUUAAACUGUAGUUGCUCCUUAUAUUUCUUGUGAUACAGCCGGUGUUUCACCGCUCUGAAAGAUAACUGCGAAAAACAAUCAGAUAUCACUUCAAUACGAAGACUCGAGUUCAAACGUCUCUCAGGAUUCAUUCAGUUAAAAAGUCAUUUCAUGAAAAGCUGAGCAGCAAAUGUCUUCCAUAUAAAAAAAACAGACAACAUCCCAUAAAUACACACAUAUAUUUAUCAAAUCUGCCUCUAAAUACAGCGACAGACAAUCACUACUGAUUGGCUGACAGCAGAUCUGAGACUCAUAAUCAAUAGUUUUGUACAUUUGAAUUGAUCUAAAAGGUAAAAUAUCUUCAAAAUUAGCAGUUUGUAAAUCAUAGUUUACCCAAAGGAAUCAUUUUCAGACUAAUGCAGAUGACAUUUGUAGGAAGAAUAUUGAAAAAAAAAAUCACAAUUAUUGAACAAAAAGGUUUGUUUUGGUUCUAUGUCUCGUGUUUCAAGAGUUUUAAGAUUAAACGUGAACCACACGGUGGCGCUAAAAUCUGUCUGAUCCAUCGACACGUUUUUUUUUUCUUGGUUACUAAUUAGCAGAAGAAAAAUAAACAGUUUGACAAUAAAUAAAAUGAAAUAAAAUAGAUUUAAAAGCUACAACAACAAAACCAAAAGUGUUUUUUAAGGCGUUUCACAUGGACGUUUGUGGACGGUUUAACAAACUUCAUCAGCCAAUCAGAGCUCUGCAAAUAUUUAGUUUCAACAUGUUAACGAGAAUGAAAAACACAGGAUGUCGUCUGUUUUUUUUUUAAAAGGAUCUCAAAUGUGAAGUUUCAUCUGUUUCAUCGGUUUCUUUUUUAAAAUAACUGUAACUAAACAUAAAACCAUCGGAGGUGUUUUCAUCUCUGAUGAGGUGAAGAACAGAUAAAUUAGACGUGUUAGUGACUUUAAAUAAAGGCAGAAAAAACAGAAUGAUUUGACUAAAUUUAAAUCUUUUACAAAAAAAAAAAAAAAAAAACGAGUAAUAAAUUAAAGUUUUUCAGUGGUAAAAUAAAACUUUACCAAUCUGGGAAAUGAUUCUAUAUUUUAGCAAUCUUAUCUUAUAUGAUACAUUUUUUGAUUUUUUUUUUUUGAAGAGUUUUGAGUAAUAACUGUUUGAGACUUACAGAAUUUAUUCUAUUUGUGCUAAAAACUCACAAUGUAUUUUUUAUAUGAACUUGUAAAUAAUUACCUGAUAUGCAACAAUAUUCUGAUUUUUUUUUUUUGUAUUGGUGCUGAUGUUAGCCUAAGAUCUACCGUUGAUGAUGAUGAUGAUGAAGAUGAUGAUGAGUACUGUGAAGGUCGAAGGGUUUUUUAUGCCAGAACGAAGUUUCCCUUAAAAAAAAAAAGUUUAAUGUUUGAAGUUUCCGUCUGAAUCAAAUGAAAACAUGAUUUAUACAUUUAAGACUUGUGCACAGAUUAAUAACUGCAGUCAAUCAUAAAAGUUUAGUUUUAAAGAUAAAACAAACUCAUGAUUUUACAGAUAUGAUGCUCAUAACCCUCAUUUAUAUGGAAGUCAAAGGCUGCUGAUAUUAAAAUAAUUUAAUAAAAUUUAAUAAAUGUAAUUAUUUCUACAAUGGCAGCUCAAACAAUAUGAAAUUAAUCAAUAUGAAAAUGACAAAAUGGCAUUUAAUUUUAAUUUUCAUUAGCUGAAAUCUAGACAUGAUUCAAAUUUAAAUGUAAAAGUUGAUGUUUUAUUAAGUUUAUACCAACUGAAAACAAAAAGUACAUUUAACAGUUUACAGUUUCAUUCAGUGGUUUGCUCUGAAGUACAUAAUUAUGUUUAUAUUAACUUUUAUACUAGAAAACAGUUAGAAAAACAAAAGAACCCCCAAUUGUUUAACAUUGUAGGUGUCACAUCAGCAGAAUAACUGACUGAAAUCAUCUGUGUUCAGGUCUUAAAUGUUUUAUAUGACAGGUUCGUCUGGGUUGUAGGUGAGCAGAGUGAAGAGCAGGAAUAUAACGUUGGCUUUGGGGAAACUCAGCUCAGGUCUUUGGUAACUGAAAACCCAUCAGGGAGGAAACUGAUCAGUCCAGCAGGGCCGCACAAUGAAACGCUGAAACCUACAAAACGCUCAUUUUCAGUCACUUAUUCAUAUUAAAGACGGACUCUUGUGGACAAUCCCUGAAAUAUAAACUGGUAUUUUGUCAGUCAAAUGUUCUGUUUUUAACAUUUCGAGUGUUGUGCGGCCCUGCUGGCUGGUUUCAUGUCAUCAUGUGAGAUCUGUGAACAUGACGUACUGUAUGUCUGUACUGACCAUCAGCCAAAGAGGGAACAUUAACUACCUGUACAGCCUCAAUAAAACCUUUUUUUU